UUGUCAACCCAUCUUAUCCCCUCUCUAAUAUGUUUCAGACAUCUUUUCAUAUAAGUACCUUAAUUUAAGAUCAAUGGGCAGCAUGAGUCUUCCAGCUUCUAAUUCUAUCAUUAUUUCUGGUUUGCCCCUAAAUUGCACUUCAUAUGACCUAGCUUUUCAGUUUGGAGAGAUUGGCUUAAUCAAGAGGAGUCACUUGGAAAAAAAUGGUGCAAAGCAGUUUACAGGCACUGCUCACAUAGCAUAUUUUGAUCCUGCUCAUGCUGUGGAAGCUAUUAAAAGAUAUAAUGGGACUAAUUUCAAGUCUCAAACUAUUAGUGUGGAAGCUGAUGCCUCCAAACCACAGACCAAAUUGCCUAUUGAUAAAGUUAAAAGUUUCAAGUCUCAAACCAUUAGUGUGGAAGCUGAUGCCUCAAAACCACUGACCAAAUCGCCUAUUGAUAAAGUCAAAAGUUUGAAACGGAAAACUUCUGAUGUUGAAAAAUUUGAUACCAAAAUACCUGUACCAGCCCUCAAAAAAAUUAAAUCCAAGGAAUCUGGAGAGCCAAAUUCUCCCGAUGCUGCUGGAAAGACUGAGAAGAGUACAAAAGAGAAAAUACCAUUAAUUUCAAAAUCUAGAGAAAGUUGCAUCAGUCAAAAAGUGACAAAGAAAUCAAAAGAAAAUAAGACGUACAAUUCAGAUCAACCCGGGAGAUUAAUCAUCCGCAACAUAUCAUUCCAGGCAACAGAAAAAGACCUCUCUGCAUUAUUCAGCCCUUUGGGGAAAGUGUUGCAGGUGCACUUACCCAAGCCUGCUGGCUCCAAGUUCACACAUAAGGGACUGGGAUUUGUGCAGUUAUCUAGCCAUGAUGAAGCAGUUAGAGCAAUUAAUAAAUUAAAUCUUUACAAGCUCAAAGGCCGUCAUAUUGCUGUUGACCAUGCUGUUCCCAAGGCCAAAUUUCAGCUCAAUUCUUCUCUUAAAGUUGAGAUAAAAGAAGAAGUCAAGGGAGAGGCAGUUAAUGAUGUCAUCUCAACUGGUCCAAAGAAAGGAAAACUGCCCAAGCCCAAGAAAAAGGAAGAUUUUGACUUGUCUCUAGUCAAGACAGAAAUUGAAUCUCUUUGUGGAGAAACGAGUGAUCCUUUUUCCAACUUCUGGCCAUCAAAGGUCAAGAAGAAUACACCGCUAUCAGAUGACAGCUCCUCAGACGAUGACGCGAAAUGUGUUGUGAAGACAGAGAAAGAAGAACCUCGUCGGGUGCCCAUCAAACCCGUGAGCCGGGACGUGGAGGAAGGCCGCUCCAUCUUUGUCAGCAAAAUGUCAAUGGACACAACAGCCCUUGGCCUGGAGAUGGCACUCUCUAAGUUUGGGCCCAUCAAAAAAGUGUUGCUGGUCACUGAUAAGCUCACUGAACAGUCAAGAGGCUGUGCUUUUGUUCAGUUCGAGACUGCAGAGGAUGCCCAGGCAUGCUUAGAUGCCUCAGCAGACCCUGGCAGGAGGGAAGAGUUCACGGUGGACGGGCGAGUGCUGAUGCUGCGGCUCUCGUUACCUCGCAACGACCUGCACAGCAACAACAAAGAGGCACCCAAGGGCAAGGACAACAGGAAUCUUUACCUCGCUCGGGAAGGCUUCAUCCGUGAGGGCACGGCGGCAGCGAGCGACGUGAGCGCCGCGGACAUUCACCUCAGACGGGAGCGCGAACGUGUCAAGGAGAAGCUGCUCGCCAACCUCCACAUGUUUGUGUCGCCCCUGCGGCUGGUGGUGCACAACCUGCCGCUAGACAUGAAGGACGUGCAGCUCAAACAUCUAUUCCAGAAAUAUGCCCCCCACAAGGCCAGGAUAGUCGAGAGUCGCGUUAUUCGCGACUUGAAAGCAGUGGACGAAGGCGGAAUCGCCCGGAGUCGCGGCUACGGCUUCGUGGCGUUCACGCGACACGAGGACGCUCUGGCCGCCCUCAGGGCAAUGAACAACAACCCCAAAGUCUUCACCCCCAGCAGGAGACCUGUGAUUGAAUUCUCCAUCGAAAAUUUGAACGUUCUCAAGGCCAAACAGAAGCGGACUGAGAAAGCAACCGCUGCUCCAAAGCCCGCCACAGUUUCUUCCAAGAAGAAAAAAGUUGUUAAGCGUGCCAGUGCCGCUAAAAACCUAACCUUGAAGAAGUUGAUCGCCAUGCCAGCAGCCCCCGAAGGUCCGCUGCCUGGCUUCGCUGGUCUGGCGUCAUCCAAGCAGGUCAUCAAACCGGGCAAGAAACUGCACGUCCAUCUCGGUCCUAAGUUCCGUCAUCGCGAUCAAGGCAAGGGCGUCAAGAAACCGCACGGCAAAGCGCCUGUCAAGAAUUUCUACAGAGGCAAUAGCAAGAAGAAAGCGGCGCGUGGGUCUGUUUCCAAGAGCAGCAAAACGCCUUACAAGAAAAACAAAACUCCCAAGUAAAAGAUUUUUUGAGUGA